UUGAGUAACAACUGUUGUUGCUCGAUGUUAGGAAGAGCUCUAUUACUCAAUGUUAAUAUCAUGUCGAAGAGGGAUGGUAAUAAAAUGCUGGUUCACCAAUUAUCAUCGGUUUUACCAGACGAUCGACCUAUCACUGCAAUAAAUAUCAUAGAGGAUUUAGAUAAAUGCCCACCAAAUUUCACUGUUGUAUCGAGAACUUAUGAUUUAGAUUCCGAUGCGGAUCUGUGGCGUGACAGUGGAUUAUUUAUUAAGAAAAAAUCCAGAUACAUCUGUUUUUCAAAAACUGAAGGACUACCGCACUCAGUAAUUGAAAAAAUUUGCAUCAUCGAUGAAAGAGAGCCUCCUCCUGAAGGAUUCAGUAUAAUAUCCCAUACCGUUGAUUCAAUGCAAAAAGCGUGGCGCAAACGUCAAGUGUGUUAUAAAAUUAGGAAUAAAAACUUAUGCACGUGUGCAGUAACGGACAUAAUUAUAUGUAAUAGGAUUGGGAAAGGCUCGAAAAUCGCACCGAAUGAAUUUACUUAUGCUGGUGUCAUAAAUGGAGUUUACAUUUGUUAUAAAACAGUGCCGUUGUUAAAAGGUUCCUUAACUGCUCAGUCAUAUGCUAAUAUAGAAUUAUUUCAAACUUCUUCACCGACCUUGUCGAAUGGGACACCACGUAGACCGGCUCCUGAAAGACCACCCAAAUCAAAGUUCUUAACAAAUGGUUUAUAUUCGCAAAUAAGUCCGGUGAAUGCUGGGAAAUCGGCAGUGGAGGAAAACAGUCAAGAUUACGAAGUCUUGAGUCCAACUGCACAAAUAAAGCCAACCCGACCAGCACCAAACCUACCAUCUAAUAAAUCGUCUGUGGUUAAUUCUAUACCAACGUACGGUACAUUACCAGGUUCAUCAGAUCUUGAUGGUGUUCCGUUUGUUCUUAAUUCCAUUUUAAUAAGGGCAUCGAAUUCGCAACAUAAUCAACUUCCUGUGAUCAAAAUCCGAACUCGAAAAGAAUUGGAUAACGAGUAUUUCUAUGACUUUCGAACUGAAAGAGAAACUUGAAGGAUGUUAAACUGUGCCAAUUGAAUUACUCAGAAUUUAUGGAUAUACGGCUAUAAUUAGAGAUUUUUGUCGAUAAUAUAUAGCUCUAGCCAUGCAUAAUAGUGCCUGAAAAAAAUCCUUCGUAGUGUGAAUAUUCAAUCGAAAAAGGAGAGACUUAAGAGAGAGUAAAUCCUUCGCUGGUUAUAAAAGUGCUACGGAAGAUAGGAUAUGAAUUAAGUGGCGUACUCAUUCUGCUCGCUACAUAAUUUUUGUAACGCGAUUUAAAGUUGAUUUAAAGUUUUGAUAGUAACUAUGAGUAUAAUAUUUUUAUAGAUUUAUAUUAUCAUUAUGUUAUUUGUAGGAAUUAUGGGUAU